UACUGUGGUAAGCUGCCCUCUCUCUAUAUAUACUUUUAAUGAGGACAAAAUUGUCCAAUUUUGGGGUGCUGGAAGGAGGUCCGUUUAAAAAUUGCAAUCCAAUUACGGGCUCUGCAGUCAUUACCCGAAUUUGUUGAGAACUCGAACCUCCCCUGCUGCUGCUGCUCCUGCCCGUUAACUUACGCCACUGCACUGGCCGGUCAUAUCCGCGGCCGGCGGCCUUAUUUCACUGGUAGAGUGGAAAACCUCAGCUAACAAGGACAAGCGCUCUCAACAACAUAAAAAACCAUCUUCUUCAAUUGAUUCUCUAAUGUCAAUCUGGGUGCUGGUUCAUAUAUUCAAAAACCCUUGUUUUAUAUUCGGGCCUCGAACCAGAUUUACCUUCCGCCUUGACCCCAGACUCCAUACCAAUGGCUUUGAGGACUCGUUUGCUAUUAAGAGGCUCGUGUCCUUCAAGACUGCAGUGCCCUUCCAUCGGAUUCAGGCAUGGAAACCCGAAGCUGAUACAGUUAUGCCUGUCAAUGUUAAUUAUGGUGGCAAACAGGUCAUAAGUGUUACUCCGCAGCUCUAUAGUUAUGCUCUCGCUAAUGUCAGAGAACCAGAGAUUCUGCGUGAACUUAGAGAGGAGACUGCCACAAUGCGGGGCAGUCAAAUGCAAGUAUCCCCCGACCAAGCACAACUACUCGCAAUGCUUGUCCAGGUCCAAGGAGCAAAAAGGUGCAUUGAAGUUGGCAUCUUUACCGGAUACUCUUCCUUGGCCGUUGCUUUAGUUCUUCCAGAGCAUGGACAUCUAGUUGCUUGUGAGAGAGAUGAAAAAUCAAUAGAGGUUGCAAAGAGAUAUUAUGUUCGUGCGGGUGUAUCUAGCAAGGUGGACGUGAGACAUGAUAUAGCAGCCAAUACUCUACGGUCUAUGAUUCAGAAUGGUGAAGGCUGCAGUUACGACUUCGCUUUUAUUGAUGCUGAUAAGAAAAUGUAUCAAGAAUACUUCGAAUUGCUACUAAAGUUGGUAAAGGUCGGAGGGGUCAUAGUAGUGGACAAUGUGCUUUGGCAUGGGAGAGUUGCUGACCCGUUGGCAAAUGAUUCUAAAACAGUAAGCAUACGAAGUUUCAACCAGACCUUGUUUGAGGAUAACCGUGUAGAUAUCAGUAUGGUGCCAAUAGGCGAUGGUAUGACAAUCUGCAGGAAAAGACAAUUAUUCUCCCCUUAAACAUGAGAGGAAGUUAUCAAUAAGGUUUACAGGUUAUUGAUAACGAGAAAACUACUCGUCUGGAUUUAUUAAUAAGCUCAAGCUUAUUAGAUAUGUUUCCUCAACGAAAUUAAGCUUAUUUGAAAAUAUACUAUUAUAUCUUUACUAUGAAAAGCAAAACAAACAUUUGAAGCAUAUAGCUAACUAGCCUAUAAGUUAUUCUAUGUUGUGCCGUCCAAAUGGUUGAAUCUUCAAUCCAAGGCCCCCAUGCUCCGACCCGACAAGGC